CCCCGCCUCUUUAACAAAAACCUACUCCCGAACAACUGAUAUAAAGUGUAUUUACGGUCUGACUGCGGAGAACAGGCUAAGAAUAAAAAUAUCGUGUGGAACAAAAUGCCUGCAGUCUCUAAAGGAGAUGGAAUGCGUGGCCUCGCUGUGUUUAUAUCGGACAUUAGGAACUGUAAAAGUAAAGAAGCAGAGAUCAAGAGAAUUAACAAAGAGUUGGCCAACAUCCGCUCAAAAUUUAAAGGAGACAAGGCACUAGAUGGCUACAGUAAGAAGAAAUAUGUGUGCAAGCUGCUUUUCAUAUUCCUUCUUGGCCAUGACAUCGACUUUGGCCACAUGGAGGCAGUCAACCUGCUCAGCUCCAACAAGUACACAGAGAAACAAAUUGGUUACCUGUUCAUCUCAGUGCUGGUCAACUCAAACAGUGACCUCAUCAGCCUUAUCAACAAUGCCAUAAAGAAUGACCUGUCCAGCAGGAAUCCCACUUUCAUGAACUUGGCCUUGCACUGCAUUGCCAAUGUGGGCAGCAGGGAGAUGGCUGAGGCUUUUGCAGCUGAGGUGCCCCGCAUCCUGGUGGCUGGGGACACCAUGGACAGUGUGAAGCAGAGUGCUGCCCUGUGCCUGCUGCGUCUCAACAGGACCUCUCCAGACCUGGUACCCAUGGGCGAGUGGACCACCCGGGUGGUUCAUCUGCUCAAUGACCAGCACCUGGGUGUGGUGACCGCUGCCACCAGCCUGAUUACCACACUGGCACAGAAGAGCCCAGAGGACUUCAAGACCUCUGUCUCCUUGGCUGUAGCCAGACUCAGCAGGAUCGUCUCCUCGGCCUCCACUGACCUGCAGGACUACACCUACUAUUUUGUUGCAGCUCCCUGGCUUUCUGUCAAGCUCCUGCGUCUCCUACAGUGCUAUCCUCCGCCUGAGGAUGGUGCGAUCCGGGGCCGUCUGACGGAAUGUCUGGAAACCAUCCUGAACAAGGCCCAGGAGCCUCCCAAGUCGAAGAAGGUGCAGCACUCCAACGCUAAGAACGCUGUGCUGUUUGAGGCCAUCAGUCUAAUCAUCCACCAUGACAGCGAGCCCACUCUGCUGGUGCGGGCCUGUAACCAGCUGGGCCAGUUCCUCCAGCACCGGGAGACUAACCUGCGCUACCUGGCCCUGGAGAGCAUGUGCACCCUAGCCAGCUCCGAGUUCUCCCAUGAGGCUGUUAAGACACACAUCGAGACAGUCAUAAAUGCCCUCAAAUCGGAGAGAGAUGUCAGUGUGCGUCAGCGUGCUGUGGACCUGCUCUAUGCCAUGUGUGACCGCAGCAACGCCAAACAGAUUGUAGCAGAGAUGCUCAGCUACCUGGAGACAGCAGACUACUCCAUCAGAGAGGAGAUAGUGCUAAAGGUGGCCAUCCUGGCAGAGAAGUAUGCAGUUGACUACACCUGGUAUGUUGACACCAUCCUCAACCUGAUCCGCUUCGCUGGGGACUAUGUCAGUGACGAGGUCUGGUACCGUGUCAUCCAGAUCGUCAUCAACAGAGAUGAAGUACAAGGUUAUGCUGCCAAGACCGUGUUCGAGGCACUCCAGGCCCCAGCCUGCCAUGAGAACCUGGUGAAGGUCGGAGGGUACAUUCUAGGGGAGUUUGGGAACUUGAUAGCAGGAGAUUCAAGGUCAAGUCCACUCAUCCAGUUUGACCUGCUCCACUCCAAGUUUCACCUGUGCUCAGUGCCCACCCGGGCUUUGCUGCUCUCAGCCUACAUCAAGUUCAUCAACCUUUUUCCUGAGGUGAAGGGCACCAUCCAGGAGGUCUUGCGCUCAGACAGCCAGCUCCGCAAUGCAGACGUUGAGCUACAGCAGCGUGCUGUGGAGUACCUGCGCCUCAGCUGCAUUGCCAGCACUGACAUACUGGCCACGGUGUUGGAGGAGAUGCCUCCCUUCCCUGAGAGGGAGUCCUCUAUACUGGCCAAACUCAAGAGGAAGAAGGGACCAGGAAACCUGCAUCCCGAUUUGGAUGAGAACCGCAAGGAACGCAGUGUCAACGGGGGUACUGCAGACCAUAGCAGCACUACCUCAAAUGCCAAGGUGUUCGCGUCCCCCACUACCUCCACAGACCUGCUUGGCCUGGGCAGCACCAUUGCCACUCAAAACUCUGCCCCUCCUGCCUCCAAGGGGGCAAGCCUGCUGGUGGAUGUCUUCUCUGGAAACACAGCAGCCUUUCCUGUAGAGACACCAGUGGCAGUGGGGCCUGUUGCAGAUGAGAACUUCUCCAGUUUCCUGCCGAAUACUCCACAAGUAGCAUAUGCCAACGCCACUCUGCCCACUGCAGAGGAACCUGAAGACAAGUUUGUUUGCAAGAACAAUGGUGUCCUGUACGAGAACCAGCUACUCCAGAUCGGCCUGAAGUCUGAAUUCCGACAGAAUCUGGGUCGGAUGUAUGUGUUCUUUGGUAACAAGACAUCAACCCAGUUCAUGAAUUUCGCUGCCUCUGUGGUCUGCCAAGAUGCUCUGCAGGCUCAACUGAAUGUCCAUGCCAAGCCUGCAGACCCCACUGUGGACGGGGGUGCACAACUCCAGCAAAUACUCAACAUUGAAUGUGUGUCUGACUUUGUGGAUGCACCAGUGCUCAACAUUCAGUUUAGGUACGGGGGAACUCUCCAGAACAUUGCCGUUAAACUGCCUAUUACUUUAAACAAAUUCAUCCAGCCUACAGAGAUGACAUCGCUGGACUUCUUUCAGCGCUGGAAACAACUUGGAGCCCCUCAGCAAGAGGUACAAAAUAUCUUCAAAGCAAGGCAUUCCAUGGACACAGAAGUUACCAAAGCCAAGAUAAUGGGGUUUGGUGCUGCUUUGCUGGAUGGGGUCGAUCCAAACCCCUUCAACUUUGUGGGAGCUGGUGUCAUCCAUACAAAGACCACCCAGGUUGGCUGCCUCUUGAGACUGGAGCCUAAUACUCAAGCACAGAUGUACCGCUUAACACUCAGGACAAGCCGUGAUACUGUGUCACAGCGCCUUUGUGAUCUGCUCUCAGAACAAUUCUGAACUUUUUCCAGAUCAGGUUGUCUUACUUGGCAUACCAUAGAACUGUACAAGCUCCCCCUGCCACUUCUGAAGACACCACAUAGUUCAUAACAAACAGGUCACCCUUAUCCUUCCCGUCUGUUUCAAUUAAAUUGGAAUUGAUAGUGUAAAUUCUUUUUUAUAUUUGACUUAUUAUAAAUGUACUGUAUCAUUUUUCACUCACUUUACUAAUAUUUCACUGCAUUAAAUCUGCCUUAUGUCCUUGUUCGCAAAUAA